AUGAAGUUCCUAUCCAUGAUUAUAAACAUUGCUUUCGCCGCCUCCAUGGCAAACGCGCGUCGCAUCCCCAUCAUCCCCAAGCCAGCCUGCAUCCUCCCCUGCCCAGCCAGCACCCUCUGCGUUGCAGACCCAGUGCCCCGAUGCGUGGUAGUCAAUGGGUUCUGCGGCGGCGUCGCAGCUGUGACCUGCGUUAGUGACACCGACUACUGUGUUGACAACCCCCUCGAUGACUGUGACCCCAAAAAUGGUGGUUUUGACUGUGGUGGCAUCUGCGUUCCGAAGCCUAUCUUUUAA